AUGCUCGAAGACUGGAAAGUCCAUAUGGGACCCGAAGGUGCUGCAAAAGAAUGGUUGAAUAACCGCAUAGUCGUACCACCGCCGGCUUGGAUGACUCCCGAGGAAGUUGAGACACAUAUACGAAUUCUCAAGAAAGGAGGGCGGCGGCGACUUGAUUCUCUCAAAAGAAACAAAACAUUCAUCCGUGGAAUCGACGAACCAUUCUACUCCAAAUUAACUACCCACGAGAGCAAAGACCUCGACAUUCCUGCGUUAGUGGUCACAGCAGAGUAUAUGACUACGUGUGUCAUGCAGCUUUCCAAACACAAGCUGCAGAGAAACACCUGA